AUGCAUGCAAACACGAGAUGCAUGGAGCUUCACUCUUUCCCAUCUCCCGCACUGAAGGAAAUUGACUCCAAGUACUACCCAGUCAAAUUCAAUGGAACACUUGACUAUCCCUCUAUCUAUAGACAAGAUCCUAGCCCCGAGGUUGAUGAAGCAUGGAAUAGGCUAGAAGAUGUUCGAAUUAUGAGCAUAUCUGAGGAUGACGUCUUGAAGGCCGGAAAGACAACUGAUGCGAUUCAAAUCCCACAGAAAUGGGGUGGUGGAUACAUGGCAAGCUUGGAGGUUAAUCACCAGCUACAUUGUGUAAACUUUCUCCGCAAGAGCCUCUUUCGGGAUUACUACCAGACUCGAUCUGUCGAAUUCAGUGAUCAUCCUGAGAUGAUCCACACUCAUCUAUUACAUUGCGUUGAAAUGCUACGGCAAUUUGUGAUGUGCCAUGCUGAUGUCGGUGUCAUUACUCAUAAUUGGGUGGAAGAUUAUCCUCGGCCUUAUCCUGACUUCAAUACCUGGCAUCAAUGCCGGAACUUUGAGAAUGUUCUUCAAUGGGCUAAAGAUCAUGAGAUGCAAGGCCCACCUUUCGGGCCGUCAGUUCAUCAUAAAUGGACUCCAGAGCCAGGUGCCAAAAUCUUUGAUAGUCCUCCAUGA